AUGUCCAUAGCAACACUGGUCACAGCUUGCAUAUGGUUCUUGGUGGUGCCUAGCUUCACAUGCGCAAAUGAGGCCAACGUAAACUGCUUGAAGAGCAUAUAUUCCCAAGUUGAAGAUCCUAAUGGAUACUUGUCCAGUUGGGUAUUUGGGAACUACGCUCAAGGCUAUAUGUGCAAGUUCAAUGGUGUGAUUUGCUGGCAUGAUGAUGAGGAUAGGGUUAUGAGCCUUAUGCUCUCUGGUUAUGGUCUCAGAGGAGAGUUUCCUUAUGGGAUUUGGAAUUGUUCUGAUUUGACAGGUCUAGAGCUUGCUGAUAACAACUUCUCUGGACCUUUACCAUCAAACAUUGCCUCCUUGAUUCCAAGUCUUACAAUUCUGGACCUUUCCGGAAAUAGCUUCUCUGGUGAGAUCCCUGCCUCUCUAUCAAACGUUACCUUUCUGAACACUCUUAUGCUUCAGCAUAACCAGUUCACUGGUCCACUUCCUCCCGAGCUAGCUCUACUUGAACGGCUCAGCAAGUUCUCAGUGGCGGAUAAUCAACUGACUGGUCCUAUCCCAAAUUUCAACGACGCCACCUUGAAGAUGAAACCAGAUGACUUUGCUAAUAACACGGAUUUAUGUGGUAUGCCUCUGGAUGCUUGCAAACCGGAAGAAGAAGGAAUUAUCCGGCCAGGGAAGAUCGGUGCAGCAGUUGGUGCGGCUUUAUUUGCACCACUAGGUGCUUUCUUGGGCUGGUUCUUCUUCAGUGGUAGGAAGGAGAAACAACAACACCGAAGCUGGAUUUACCACAUGGAGCAUUGA